AUGACAUCCAGGUUACGCUGUUUUUUUGAUAUCAAAAUUGAUGAUGAAGAUGCUGGUCGUAUUGUCUUUGAACUUUAUAAUGAUAUAUGUCCGCGUACAUGUGAAAAUUUUCGAUGUUUAUGUACAGGAGAAAAAGGUCGUGGUUUAACAUUAUAUAAAAAAUUAUAUUAUAAAGGAUGUUAUUUUCAUCGAGUAGUGAAAAAUUUUAUGAUUCAAUCGGGAGAUUUUACUGAAGGCAACGGCACAGGUGGUGAAUCAAUUUAUGGUGGUACAUUUAAUGAUGAAAAUUUCCAAAUCAAACAUGAUCGACCAUAUCUUCUUUCGAUGGCUAAUCGAGGUCCGAAUACAAAUGGAUCACAAUUUUUCAUUACAACAUCUGAAGCAUCACAUCUCGAUGGUAAACAUGUGGUUUUUGGUCAUGUUGUAUCCGGACAAUCGGUAGUCGAUGCAAUUGAAAAUAUUUCAGUUGAUUCCAGUAAUAGUCGACCAUCAAAAGAUGUUGUAAUAUCUCAUUGUGGUCAACUUGUACUUGUAUCAAAAAGUCAUAAAAAAAAGAAACAUAAAAUAUCAACAGGUGAUGAAAGUGGUAAUGAACAAAUUAGUGAAAGUAGUUCAUCAUCUAAUGAUGAUGAUAAAAAGGAAAAAAAAUCUAAACGUAAAAAAAAAGAAAAACAUCAACAAAAGAAAGAAGCAAAACGUUUAGCAAAACUUUCUAUUGAACAAGAGAAUAAACUUGAUGAACCAACAAAUAAUAUUAUUAAAGAAUCAAAUGAAAUAUCUGGUCGUGAUAUAAUGGGUCUUAAAACAACAAUUGCUCCUGAUGAAAUACCUGAAAUACCUGCUCAUAAAUUUCUUAUGCGACCUACUUUAAAUGAUAAUAAUGAAACAUUAAAUACUCGUACAACUAAUUAUCGUGCAUCAAAAAAAAUUGAUUCAAGUGGUCGUCCAGUUAAAGGUCGUGGUUUUAUGAGAUAUACUGGAAAAAGUCGUUCAAGAUCACGUACACCACCACAUUGGCGUUUAGCUGUUGAAGAUCGUAAACGUUUUACGGAUAUAAAUGAAUAUCGUAAAUCAAAUACAAACGAAAAUAUUGAAAAUAAUCAUAAACGUAAACAUAUUGAUGAUGAAAAAAAUGAUCAUAAUAGAGAAGAUCGACAUUCACGUCGACAUGAAAAACGAAAAGAUGAUGAUUAUCAUUCAAAUGAAUCAGUAUCAAAACAUAAACAUCAAGAAAAUUCUACAAGUCCAAAUAUUCAUCGAUCAAAUAGUACUAAACAUAAAGAAAAUGAUACAUCAAAUAUUAAUUUAAAGACUUCAUCACCAUCAGAUCGUCAUUCACCAUUACCAAUAAAUGAACAACAUGAAAAAAAAGAUUUAACAUCACAUCGUCGUCAUCAAUCUCCAUCAAUGACAAAUGAACGACAUCAAACAAAAAAUUCUCGAUCAUAUCAACGACAAUCAUCACAUCAUCAUCAUCAUCAUCAUUCAAAAACUCCUCCAACUUCAUCUUUUCGAAUUCGUUCACCAUCACCAAUAGUUGAUCAACAUGAAAAAAAUGAAUUUCAAUCACGUCGUCGUCAUUCAAAAACUCCACCACCAUCACCAAAAGUUGAUCAACGUCAAAUAAAGGAAUCUCGAAUACGUCCACGUCGUUCAAAGACUCCUUCACCUUCAUCUUCAAGAGUUCGUUCACCAUCACCAAAAAUUGAUCAACGUCAAGCUAAAGAUUCUCGAGUACGUCCUCGUCGUUCAAAAACACCACCAUCUUCACGAGUUCGUUCACCAUCACCAAAGAUUGAUCAACGGCAAACAAAGGAAUCUCGAUCACGUCCUCAUCAUUCACCAACUCCACCAUCGCCAAAAGUUGAUCAACGUCAAAUUAAGAAUUCCCGAACACGUCCUCGUCGUUCAAAAACUCCUUCACCUUCAUCUUCACGAGUACGUUCAAUAUCACCAAAAGUUGAUCAACAUCAAACUAAAGAUUCUCGAUCACGUCCUCAUCGUUCACCAACUCCACCACCAACAUCUUCUCGAGUUCGUUCACCCUCGCCGAAGGUUGAUCAACAUCAAACUAAAGAUUCUCGAUCACGUCCUCAUCGUUCACCAACUUCACCACCAAGAGUUCGUUCACCCUCGCCAAAGGUUGAUCAACAUCAAACUAAAGAUUCUCGAUCACGUCAUCGUCGUUCAAAAACACCGCCACCAUCAUCUUCUCGUGUUCGUUCAACAUCACCAGCAGUUGUUGAUCAACAUAAAAAUAAUAAUUCUCAAUUACAACAACAAAAAGAUGUAAAUGUAGCACCAAUUUCAUCAACUAAACGACGUAAACGUUGGGAAAAUGAAGAAGAAUUCAAUGAACGACAAUCUAUAGAACAAGCAGCACAACAAGCUAGUCUUGAAGAAGAAUUACGUAUGAUUGCACAAUCAAGUGCAGUACAACUGGAACCAUCAAAUCAAUUUGUUAACAUUCCAGAAGAACCACAGAUAUCAACAAUUGCUAGUAAAUCGAAAUGGGAUGAUGAAGAUGAAAUAACAUCAAAGGAAAAAAUUAAUCCUCCAGAAAUAAUAUCUAAUAUACCUGAAAAAACUAUUAAUAAACAACAAGAUAAAACAUCAUCAAAUAAUAAUCGACGAGAAAAAGAAUCAAAUCGUGAACAUGAUCGUGAUCGUGAUCGACAUAGUCGUGAACAUGAUUAUCAUAGACGUGAACAUUAUACAUCACAAACUAGUAGUAAUCGAUAUCGUGGUCGGGAAGACUACAAUCGUCAACAUAGUGGAAAUCGUCGAAGAUAUUCACCUCCAUCAUCUUAUCGUGAUCGUCAUUAUGAUAGACAUCGAGGUCAAGAUCGUGAUUAUGAUCGACGAAAAGAUGAUCGUGAACGAAAUAAUCGUCGUCGUAGUAUUGAUCGUACAUCUCAUUCGGAUAUGUCAACUCGACAUAAAUUAAAACGAGAAUCAUCUAGUUCAAGUACAUCAUCUUCAUCAUCGUCAUCGUCCUCUUCAUCAUCAAAUAGUUCAUCUGGAUCAAAUAAUGAACGUCGUCGAACUUCACCUGUUCAAACAAUGGAACAAAAAAAAAAUAAAGAUAUAUCUUUAUCUUCUGUAUAA